UUAUUACAGUUGGCCACACUGGUCCCUUCAAUCUUCAACCUCUUAUUCCUCAUCACCCAAUCCUCACUCUUCAUUGAUCGGGCCUUUUUUUAAUUGCAUGUCCGCCUCAAUUUUCACAGUGAAACAACCACCAAAACCCAACUCUCCAAUGGCGGUGCAGAUGGCUAUCCGAGUUUCAGCCACUGCAAGGCUUUCUCUUCCUCCACCUUCUUCUCCUUCAGUAACAUCUUCUUCUUCAACCUCAAACAAAGCUUCUUUAAGAACCCAAUCUAAACCCAUAUCAACUUCCCUCUCUUUAUUGGCUCUACUUUUUCUUCCCCAUGAGGCCAAAGCUAUCAGUCUUAGCAAAGAACAGAUUGUUUCAUCUCUCACUGAGGUGGAGAAAACCAUUGAUCAAGUUCAAGAAGCGGGUUCAAGUGCCUUGGAUGUUGCACAGCAGGUGUUUGAUGUUGUGGGGAAAGCUCUGAAGCCAGCCAUAGAUGCAGGGGUUCCUAUUGCCAAGAAAGCUGGAGAAGAGGCUUUGAAGGUCGCUUCUCCAGUAAUAUCCGAGGCAUCAAAGAAAGCCCAAGAAGCAAUUCAAGGAACUGGUCUUGAUUCUGAGCCUGUUCUCACUGCUGCUAAGACGGCUGCGAAACAGACUACAGAGGUUAUCGAUGUAGCCAAGCCCCUAGCUUCUUCAACAUUCGAAACCAUAACAUCCGCAGAGCCAUUAACAAUUGUAGGAUCCGCCAGUGCAUUAUUCGUUGCAUACCUCCUCCUUCCUCCCAUCUGGUCAUUCAUCUCCUAUAGCCUUCGUGGUUACAAAGGUGAUCUUACACCAGCUCAAGCCCUUGAUUUAAUCUCCACGCAAAAUUAUGUUAUGGUUGAUAUUCGAUCAGAGAAGGAUAAGGAUAGAGAUGGUGUCCCUCGCCUUCCCUCGAGUGCUAAGAAGAGGAUGAUUGCUAUUCCUUUGGAAGAGUUGCCAAGCAAGUUAAGAAGCUUAGUGAGAAACACAAAGAAAGUCGAAGCUGAAAUUGUAGCAUUGAAGAUUUCAUAUCUCAAGAAAAUCAGCAAAGGUUCAAACAUUGUGAUCAUGGAUUCCUACUGUGAUUCAGCAAAAACAGUGGCGAGAACAUUAACGAGUCUCGGUUUCAACAACUGUUUUGUGGUGGCCGACGGGUUCUCGGGAAGCAAAGGGUGGUUACAGAGUCGACUGGGAACUGAUACGUACAACUUUUCGGCAGUGGAGCUUUUGUCUCCAUCGACGGUUUUUCCAACGGCCGCUAAGCGUUUCGGUACGACCAGCACCAAGUUCCUCCCUGGUGCAGAGUAGCUUUUUUUUUUUCCCCUUUUGUUUUCUUUUUCUGGUCCGAAUCAUGAACAAAGAAAAAGAUGGAACAUACCUCUG